UAUUGGAAGAUGCCAUGACUUGUGGGAUUGGGAGGGGGGGAAAAAACGAGGCUUUGUGAAUCCCUAGUCAGCCACAGCUCAGCUGUAACGAAAUAUUAGCAGGUUACCAGUGUUUAUCCUCUAUUGCUGUACAGUCAAUAGUCCGAAGACGAUAGAAACGGUUUCAAUAAAUUGCCAAGAUGAGGUCAUAAAGUCACAAUUUUAAACCGUGGGUAGGCAUAAACUAGUUUACAACUCAACAAGCUCGUUAAGCAGAUUUGCUGAACCAUCGCAAAAGAAAAUAAAAAUUUGGAAUAGGGGUUGUAACUUAUCUACUGACGUUUCACGAUCUUGUGUACUUGGUUAAUCCAAAUCAAUCACUGGGAGCACUGUGUCUGGGUGUAAAGGUGGGGCUCUAUGAACAUAAUUGUUAUAACUGGACAGGAUGCAUCUUAAGAGGAUUUGCAGUGCAGGGACGCUCUACCAAAGCAGCACAUUAAAAACAAUACACCACUCUUAAUUAAGGCCCGACGGAUAAACACGAAGCCCCUUUGACUGCACAACAAGAAAUGCAAAGUUAAUAGCAACUUCAUUCAGAAGCUCUGGAUUUUGAGGGGGUGGGGCUGUUAUGUGUUGGGUAGCAGAAGAGUGCAGGAUGUUCAUUUCAGCAUGGGGAGCCCAAGAAAAGAAAACACAGCUGUCCGUUCCUGAGGAGGGCUUCAGUGUCGAAUCCAGUCCAGUUUUUGGAUCCCAUGGUACUUGUUUGAGUUCACCCUCUUCACUUCCUUCAUACCGGAUUGGUAACUCCUGUCCACCAUUUCUUUGAUCUCGCUGAUGAGUUUCAGGUGAUUGUUGCACCAUUUAGCGAAGCUUGCCAUCAGUCCUCUCUACUCCCGUGUGUACGCGCACUUAAUAAGUAGCAUGUACUAGGUCCCAUUAUAAAAGUGUACCUUACGCUAAGUGAGCCCCCAAGUUGCGCCCACUACUGGUUGAGCAACUGCAGACCUCUGUGCAUGUGGUCAGUCUCACAUGAAUUCUUAGUGUUGCCUACCAUUUGCUGUUCCACCUAAAAUAUUACUUCAGUUUUCCCAUUUGUCUGUCUGCACAUGACCCAAAAAAAGGAAGUUACAUAAUAAGGAAGCCCAAGUCUCCUGAUUGUUUUGUUAUUCUUGGUAAUCGAACCACUUCGUAACACUAAUAGAUGUUCAUAUGUUAGGGUGGAAUCGUCAUAAAGUGUUCGAUUUCUGCCGAAAUACCCAGAAGGCAGCGACAUUCCCUUUUUGUGUAACAUUACAAUCUCUUCAACUCUUUAUACAUCCAUGCAAUGAACCUCAUUAGAAGACAUUGAGGUAGGAACCAAUGACCUGACGCAGACACUAGCCGGAGCCUUUGGCGCGGACAUAACGGAAGUUUAGACGGUUGCUCUGGGUGAACGAAAGGAACAUUGACAGCAUCGCAUCAAACAAGAAAUUAUUCUCUUCCCCUAAAUUAGCCCAGUUUCCCCCUUUCCCCCCCACACAUGGCGUCCAAUUCUAAUAUAGAUAUGGAGGGUGCGACCCAGCAUCUCCGGGACAUCCUCAAGCUCGACCGUCCCGGGAACAGUGCCGAUGCAUCAGGUGACAGCCUGAGAAUGGCAUCUUUUAAUGGAGAGCUGAAUGGGUUAUUGGGAGCAGUCGGCCUCCUGGGAAGCACCGAUCGGUCAGACUCUACCAGACCCAUCUCCACAGACCUCUGCAGCACUCAGGAGUGUCAGAUAAUCUGCCUUUCUGGUGACGAUGGCUCCACCUGUAUCCCCAUCACCUCCAACAACGUGGAGAUAGUGGCGAGUCAGGACACCAGCAUCAACAGCAAGGCCCGUGGCAGCAGCAAGGUGAAGAUUCAACCCGUUGCCAAGUACGACUGGGAACAUAAGUAUUAUUAUGGCCGACUGAUAGCCGUGUCCAACUCCUUCCUGGCCUACGCCAUCAGAGGAGCAAACAACCAUGCAAUGAUUCGCGUCCUGAGUGUGAGUUUUGCCGAGCGCUCUCUGCUGAAGGGCUUCACCGGAGCUGUUACAGAUCUGGCUUUUGCCCACCUCGACUCCUCGCUGCUGGGCUGUGUAGAUGAGGCGGGCAACCUCAUGGUCUGGCAGCUCACCUGCACUGGAAGCAAGAUACUUGAUCAGGUGGUGAUUCAUAUCCGACGGCCAGAGGACUCUCCGCUGAACUCCCACCGUCGCCUCAUCUGGUGCCCGUUCAUCCAGGAGGACAAUGAGGACAACCAGGACGACGCCAGCCAGACCCUAGCCCUUCUCCACGAAGACUUGGCUGAGGUGUGGGACCUGGAGGUGUUGAGAGCCAACCACAGCAGUUGGCCUGUCGAUGACACGGACGUAAAAGAAGGCCUCAUCACAGUCAAGGGGCAUACCCAGCGAGUCAGUGAGGGGGCCCUGUCUCCAGAUGGAACCGUGCUGGCCACAGCCAGCCACGAUGGGUACAUCAAGUUCUGGCAGAUAUACAUAGAAGGGGUGCAGGACAAGCCGAGAUGUCUUCAUGAAUUGCGGCCCCAUGGAGGACGGCCCCUCUCCUGCCUUCUCUUCUGUGACAACCACAAAAGACAGGACCCCGAUGUUCCUUUCUGGCGGUUCCUUAUAACCGGAGCGGAUCAGAACCAGGAGUUGAAAUUAUGGUGCACUGUUUCCUGGACCUGCUUACAGACCAUCAGGUUUUCUCCAGAUCUGUUCAACUCCUCAGUUCUGCCCAGUCUGAAGGCCAGUCUGGACCUCGCUGCUGAGUAUCUCAUCCUCACCGACGUACAGAGGAAGGUUCUGUAUGUGAUGGAGCUCCGGCAGGAUCAGGAGAAGGGAAAGGCCAGUUUCACAGCGGUGUCGGAGUUCCUGCUGACCCACCCCGUGCUCAGCUUUGGGGUCCGGGACGUCGCUCACUGCCGAUGGCGACACACCGAGGUCCUCCCUGCAGAGGAGGAGAGUGAGAGCAUGACAACAGAGGGCACACAAGGACCAACAGAGUCCAAGUCUGGGAUCCAAAUUAAACUCUACUGUGUCCACACCAAGAGUCUGCAGGACGUCCAGAUCUGGUUUCAGCCCAACUUGGGUUCCAGCUCUGCAGUCUUCCUGCCCAAUUCUGAUUCUCAGGAUGGUUUUGGGUUUUCAGACCAUCUCACUGACCAGAGCUCCGACAAGGAAUCAGGAAGUGGCUCCCAGAACGACCUGAGGAAGAUCCCAUCACUUCCUGCUCCCGCUGACUUCCUGUCAAACUCUGGUGUCGGCAGCGGGAUCAAGCUGAUGACUCCCGACGCCUUCAUGACACCAAGCACUUCGGUACCGGCAUCCCCUGGCAGCAGUGCCAGCAGUCUGACCAUUGUGACGGCUAACAGCAGCAACUCUGACUCAACUAACAGAGCUAUCGACGAAGUCGGUCAGAGUCCCAACAGAGCGGAGAACAUCAACAGCAGCAGCAGCAGCAGUCUGACUCUCUCCACCUCCACCAGCAGCCCCAGAGCUGUUUCUGCUGUGCUUCUGCCUGGACUGGAGAACCUGCAGGCAUUAGCGUCCCCUAUCAGUCCUCUCGCACUCGACAGCCCUCAGGUUCUGGAUUCUCCCCUCCUGCCCCCUCUGGCUUCUCCGACCAGAGCCCGCUCCCCCGACGUCAUCUCCUCCGCCUCCACAGCCAUGUCUCAGGACAUGCCAGAGAUCGCGACCCAGACCAUGCAGCUCCAGCGCGGCCUUGUGUCCGGUUUGGAGCCGUUGCCUCUCUCCGCUCUCCAGACGGACAGCAUGGCGUCCGCUGCGUCUGCUCUGCACCUGCUCACCUCACCACGCACAGCCAACAACGGCCUGAUGCCCCUGGAACUGGGAGGUGGUGAUGGGCCGGUGGGCGGUUCAGUGGAGUCUGAGCCCAGACUCAGUCACACCCCGUCUCUGCUGGAGAACGCCUUAUCGCAGGAGAACCCAGGGGUCGGUGGAGGCUCUUCAGAGGGCAGCGUUAUCCACACACCUUGGCCGGCUGCGCCUGACAUCACCAGAGAAACCAGGAACAGUCUCAGGGACAACGGGCUUGGAGACUGUUCAAGAGAGGAGUCGAAGGACAGACACCUGAGCUCACCGUACCAUCGACGCUCCUAUCACCUCACCCAGAACGACAGUCAGGACGCCGGCGCAGACCAGAGUGACCCCGACGAUGAGGUGGCCAGCCUGGCAUCAUCCUCAGGAAAUUGUGGCUCUCGCUCCUCUCACAGACUACCGGUUAAGGACUGGAAGAGCUCACCACGAGCCUCGCCAAAAGUGAAGAGGAAGACCAAGAAAGACGACGGUGAAUUGUCUCAGUCAAGGCAAAUGGACUCUGGUCAGAUGAAUGCUGAAGUACAGGACGAGUUGUUGAUGCUCCUGCGUAGCCAGCAGAGAGAUCUGACGGACCUGCGUGGGCAGAUUGAAGCCAUGCAGAGCACCAUCAUGGCCCAAGUGGAGCACGUCCUCACCAACCACCAGGAACAAGAGCAGCGCAGACUGGAGCGAGUUCUGGCGGAGAGUCAGAAUCAUCAGCAGCACCUUCAGGACCAGCUCAGCCAGCAGCUCAGCAGCACCCUCAGCUCGGUGCUGACCAACAGAAUGGACAAAGUGCUCCGGGAGGAAAUGAAGAAGACGGUCCCACUGACGAUCUCUAAGAGUCUGGAGCCGGUGACAGGACAGCUGAGCAACACGAUCGCUGCCAAGCUGACCGCCGUGGAGAUCACGCUGAAGGACAAUGUCAGCAAGGUGGUCAAGUCCAAGACCACAACGGAUGCAAUCGGUCGCGCAGCGGCCGAGGCGAUGCAGGGGCCCAUCCAGGCGGCCUACAAAGACGCCUUCCAGGGCAUCGUGCUGCCCGUUUUUGAGAGAGGCUGCCAGUCCAUGUUCCAACAAAUCAACGACAGCUUUAAACAAGGCACACAAGAAUACAUCCAGCAGCUCGAGAGCCACAUGAAGAGCCGAAAGCAGAGAGAGCAGGAGGCACGAGACCCCGUGAUUAGCCAGCUCCAGCAGACGAUCGACAGCUUCCAGAGCUCCACCGAUCAGCUGGCCAGCAACAUCACGGCCAAUGUGCGGGCAGAGGUCCAGCACCAGAUCCAGAUAAUGGUGGGAAAUUUGCAGGAGUCUAUUCUGAGCCACGUGCAGCGGAUCGUCAAAGGGGAGGUGAGCCUGGCGAUGAAGGAGCAGCAGGCGGUGGUCACCUCCAGCAUCAUGCAGGCGAUGAGGUCAGCGGCCGGCACGCCCGUCCCCACGGCUCACCUCGACUACCAGACGCAGCAGGCCAACAUCCUGCAGCUCCUCCAGCAGGGCCAGCUGAACCAGGCUUUCCAGCAGGCUCUGUCGGCCACAGAUCUGAACCUGGUCCUGUAUGUGUGCGAGACCAUCGACUCUCAGCAGGUGUUCGGUCAGCACCCGUGUCCUCUCAGCCAGCCCGUGCUGCUGUCGCUCAUCCAGCAGCUCGCCUCCAACCUCACCACCCGCUCUGAGCUCAAAAUCAGCUACCUGGAGGACGCCGUGAUGAACCUGGACCACGCCGACCCGCUGACGAGAGACCACAUGUCCUCCGUGCUGGCCCAGGUCAGACCAAAGCUCUUCGCCUUCCUGCAGCAGGACCCCCACAGCCCGCUCAGCAAGAGGGCGCGGCGCCUCAUGAUGAUGCUGCAGGGACUCGUCAGCCACUAGUCAGGAGAGUCCUGUCCUUUAGAGAUAACGGGUCGUCGCGAGUCUUUUUUUUUUUUUUUUUUUUUUUGUUGCGAGUCCACAACAACUUCCCGAAAUCCAGCUCCGUCUCCCCUGUACCAUUCGUUCCUACCCCCCACACCUGCACCAGAGAUGUGUCAAGUUAGGAAAUAGAAGCGGGUUUUGUUUUCCUGGACAUAACUUCGAUGCAAGACAAUAAUGGUCCGGACAACUCUUAAGUCCGCUGUAGAUUCUUCAAGACCUUCGUGACUGCCCCCCACCACCCACCGAGAGGUGCUCUGGUCGUCGUCUCAUCCUUUUAUCCUCUGCCGCGAAAGCGGGAACGACCUGUCUUUGUGGUCGUCCCCGGACACUUCGUAACCCGACACACAGACCAGCAUCCUCAACUUGGAUUUCAGUUGCUGCAGGAUUACGAUGUCCUCGUCUUCUUUUUUUUUUUUUGUAAACAUCCAAGCUAAUCCCGGCAACCAAAAGUAUUUAACACUCAAAGCCAUUUCUUGUCAGCGGCAUAUUUUCCUUUCAGCUAUUUCUUAAUGGGUUGGAGAAGACAACCUUGCCGGGCCGAAUGCGUGUCGGUGCUCUGAAGAGGAUCAACGCGGUGAAUUGUUUUACUGAGUUAAUUGAAUUUGUUCCUGCGUUGUUAUUGGGGGCGUAAAGCGUGUCUCGUACUUUUCUCCAUCUGGCCUUGUUUUCACAAAUCAUUCUAACGAGAGGUCUCCGAUGGAUACAAAUAAGAUUAAAGGAUGAGAAAUAAGUUUUUUUUAAAUGGAACAAAUAUUUGCGACGCUGCUCCCGGCUGAAAAGAAUUCCUCUUUAAAAAAAUCUGAGAUGUUUGGAGCUCAACAUCGAGUUUUGGCAGCCGUCCAUGUGUACAGCUCUGUCAUGUAAAUUGAUCAGACUUCUCCCCAUGUUCUCCUCUGUGUCCCCCCCCUUUUUUAUUAUAUAUAAACAUUUAGCAUUCGUAAGACUUGUAUACUUGCUUUAAGAGUUGUCAAACUAGUUAUCAUACAUAAUAAAACGCUUCCUAAACAUAAAUGGUUACCGAUGAUGUUCUUUUAUCAGGUAAACUCAACGUGCAGUUACUCCUCAUAGGCUGUAGGAGGCAGCGCUCAGUUGGACUGCAGAUGUGCGCCCCUUCUUGUCGUUUUUAGGUUUUUUUUUGGAUUCAGAACUCAUUCCUUCUCGUACAGCAUCUGUUUUACCAAACAUUGAAAAACGCCUGCACCGGUCCGUUUCUUCUUUACAGCGUGUGAUCGUUUGUGUACAACACGCCAUUGUUUAAACUGCAGGGUGGCCGCACGGUUCUGCCGAUUGUAAAAAUACAAGUUCUGUUCAUUUGACCUCCGUGUUUAGAUUCCUGUUUUAAGUUUGGAUUUGUCUAGCUAAGUGCCUUAUUGUAUUCUUCAUGUUUGAUCCCGUUCGGGCCUUUAGACAACGUGCGAUGUUAAAGUGUUCUCCCAUAGCGGCUCCUUUUUUUUACUUUUUGCGUCGUUAAAAACAUUUAAACCAGUGAGACGGCUGACAUUUGAAUGAUCAUCCAACAGAGAGGGAGAGAGAGAGAUGCUAUUCUGACUACUACCGCCCUCACCGAUCAGUUCCAGACCCGGUUGUCCUCGCAGUAGAGGGACGGGUUGACUCCUGAAGUGGGAGCUGUGUGUGUGACAAACAACUGAGGCUAGUGUGUAUGUUCUUUAUUCUCUCUUUCCAUUCUGCUUGGAUGCUUAUGUUGUAUCUUUUACAGCUUAUUUUACCCUAAACAUUUUGGAAUAAAAAAUAAAAAAGACUUGUUUA